AUGUCUACCCCGCGCGGCACCCCGAGCAUGAGCGUCCCCGCGACCCAAAACACCGCGCCGGUGAUCAGGUUCCGCUGUCUCUACACCUAUGAUAUGCGACGCAAAGCGAAGCGCUGGCAAGAUGGGUUCCUCCGCUAUCAUACAUUCAAUAAACGCAUCAUGACCUACGACGUUGCGGGAAAUUUUGUUGGCGAUUACCACUGGCGACAGGACGACGAAGGAAUCCAAGACGGCGACGAGCUCGAGCUGGAUAACGGUGCCCUCAUCCAGGUCUGUGAACCUGUGGAACGAACAGAGACGGAUAUCUCGGCAUUGUACAGCAACAAGAGGACAAGUCACCGUUCUCCCUCGCGACCAGGAGAGACACCAACUCCGUCCGUCACGCCGUCACGGCCCUCUCUUUCCUCACAACCGACGCGGUCACUGAACGAUCUUCUGGGCAUCAAGAAAACUCCGGCACAGCGAACAGAUCUACCGAAUGUGGAUCGAGAAAGGCCUACGUUGAGAGGAAACGAGCACGGGCGUUCUGAGCGACCUGCAAAACGGCAAAGGACAAAGCUCACGUCGGCAGACAGCCCGCCCAAGCAGACCGCCAGCCAUCGAACCCACCGUGAGCAGGCAAUCAUUGAUUUGACGGAAUCAGAUACCACAGAGAGACAGGUGACGAGUCAUGGAUCAGCCCUUGACAAUGUCGUGGACCUGGGAGUGAAGGACUCGAAGAACAUUGCAACUCCAGCCAAUCCGCGCCGCAAAUCCACGCACCGCGCGGACCAAGCCAAGUGCAAGAAAGCCGAAAAAAGCACUUCCGAUCCCCCAGAGCAAGUCCGACCCCGGACAUUGGGGCAUCCCAAUGAUGAUGAAUCUCCUGAAGUCCCGGGCAACAUGCUCCGCUUACCAACUGGAAAAUCGCGGAAGAAGAUGAUGUAUCAGGCGGUGGUAGCAAGCCAAGACGCGAAUGCGGAUCCAGAGAGACAUAGCGAACCAGGUGACCACUCAAAUGAUCCGCAUUCGGACCUUGAGGACGGACCGCCAAUUUCCCGAAAGCGCAAGACCGACCCAGUGGGUCUUCGCAAAUCAUACUCAGACCCAACGGCUUUAUUUAGCCAUGAUGACCUUCCAUCCCGACAUCGAUCUUCUGAGAGCCCGCUCAGCACAAUUACAGAUACCGACGAAUCUGAAACGGGACCUUGGACCUGGGAAGCAGAGACGUCCAAAGCCGACUUGAACCUCGGUACAGCGUCCAGCCAGCGCAUGAAGUGGGCGGAUGUUCUCGCCAUGAGGACCUCAAGUGGCAUGGCUACUAUGAUGAUACUCAAGGUCAUUGAUGUAUGGUAAUGUAAUGGACAGGACGCCCGAUGUCCUCAAUUUAAUCUCUCUUCGCG